AUGGCCAUGCAAACAGCGGGCGAUAUUCCUCUUCUCAUCGCCUCGGAAAACUCCUCUUCAGAGCGGCGUAUCACCCCGUCAUGGACCAUUGGGCAGCUGAAGGCGAAACUAGAGCCCGUCACGGGCAUCCCGCCGUUGUCACAGAGGCUGGUGCUAAAACUUGGCGGCCAACAGUCCACGCCUAUUGAGGCCGCGGACGAGGAGAAUACGCAAUUAUCCGCCUUCCCUUUGGCACCCUACGCCGAGAUUCUGGUAACAGAUAUCCGUCCCCCAGGGCUCCGACCAAACUAUAACGACGCGUCCAAAGUCGAAAAAUACACCCUCCCAACAGCUAUUUACGAGACUAAAACCGAUAGUGUGCUCGCCUGGAAAAAAGCCAACAAGCUCGGCCGCUUUGACCCUGCCGCGCCUUCGAUCAUCGAAGCCCGCCUUGCCUCCUACGCAAAAGAUAUCUCUGAUCGUGGAAUAGAAGUCGGGAAACGAUGCAGAGUUGGCGGUGAUGAUACCAGGAGAGGGGCUGUUAUGUAUGUUGGGGAGGUGGAGGAGAUUGCUAAGGAGACAGGGGAUGGCGGUCUUGGGCAGUGGGUCGGGGUGAAAUUUGAUGAGCCAGUGGGGAAGAAUGAUGGCAGCUUAGGGGGCAAGCGAUAUUGGGGGAAGGAAGGGGAUGGCAAAUUUGGCGUGUUUGUGAGGCCUGAGAGAGUUGAGGUUGGUGAGUUCCCCAUGCUGGAUGAUUUGGAGGAUAUGGAGGAAAUUUGA